GAAGGAUCCUUAAAGCUUUGCACAUGGAUGUACAUCAUAGAGAACAUAGGGCGUGCUGAUGACGUCAGACACGUCAUUCGUGUGCAAUAAGCGCACUGUAAGCUGAUUGGCCUGAUUAUAGAACGUUCACACCCUCCCGCCUCUAGUAGCCUACAAAUGACAGUGCGGCUCAAACCACCGGUGAUAAGAGGGGGGAGAAGUACAUGGGACUUUUUAGAUGUUGGCUUGGCAACGAAAGUAAAACUGUCAGAUAUAUUUUCUAUUGUUUGUAUGCACGUGUUGUAGAAUAUAGUCAAUUCAUACGUAUUUUGGUGUCCUAGGUUAAACGGCACGGACUAGCUCAUUAGCCGCUAACCCCUCUAGCCGGCGUUCCGUGACGCACCAGAAAAUGAUGUAACUUACCGGCUUUCUGUGUGUUGCCUCCAACAGUACAACGAGAAAAGCAAGUUUAUUCUGCCAACCCGCGUGCAGGGGGAACAUUCUCAAGCUUUUUGUUGAAUUAAUGGCCCGGUUUCGUUGGUGUAGGUGAAAAGUCAGUAACUGCCAGUAACUUAUAGUUCUUUCUCCGCUUGAGUCAGUACAGUAAAUAAUGAAUCCAUCCCGUCGCUGUUCGGCUUUAUUGAGCCAGCUGUGUGUCUCUUCACUGGGGGGGCCGACUACCAGAAGACCGUUUUCACCGGGAGCGGUCUCAGCUCCGGCGGGACCUCGACGCUCUGACACCGGUGUCCGAGGAGGAAGAGGGGGUGUCAACGGGACCUGUCCCCAGCUGAAGCCGAGUGGAGCAUCCACACCUGGGGCAGCACCAGUUUGUCCAAUGGGAGGCAGCCGCAGCAGGUUGUUUGGUACGAUGGCCCAGUCGCUGAACAGCGCCCCCCUGGCCCACCCAGACACGUACCUGGAGGAGAACCCAGACCAGGAGGACCUGGUUGAGAUCGACCCGGACCAGCUGCUCAGAGAGUGUGAGGAGGCCCUGCAGAGGCGUCCAGCCAGGCCACACCGGGAUCUGGUCUAUCCCAGCGGCACAGCACCCCGCUGCCACAAGCACAACCCAUCCAUACGAGUCAUGCAGUGGAAUAUACUGGCACAAGCUCUGGGUGAGGGGAAGGACGGGUUUAUUCGUUGUCCAUUGGACGCCCUCAACUGGCAGGAAAGGAAGUACCUGAUCCUGGAGGAGAUCCUCACCUACCGCCCUGACAUCCUGUGUCUACAGGAAGUGGAUCACUACUAUGACACUUUCCUGCCCAUCAUGGCCAGCCUGGGUUACCAUGGCAGCUUCCUGGCCAAACCCUGUUCUCCCUGUCUGGAUGUAGAGCAGAAUAACGGCCCCGACGGCUGCGCUCUGUUUUACCGCCGCUCGCGCUUCUCCCUCCAGUCCACAGCUCACCUGCGACUGUCGGCCAUGAUGCUGCCCACCAACCAGGUAGCCAUCGUGCAGACGCUGCACUGCCGGGUAACAGGCCGGCGGCUGUGCGUCGCUGUCACACAUCUGAAAGCUCGCAGCGGUUGGGAGAGGCUGCGGAGCGCGCAGGGCGCUGACCUGCUGCAGCGUCUGAGAAGCAUAACAUGCAGGAGUGGUGGCAGCCAGAGCGAGGCGGUGUCCGGCAAAGACCCGUUAGUGGUGUGCGGGGACUUUAACGCAGAGCCCUCAGAGGACGUUUACAGGCGAUUCCUCUCAUCCCCCCUCGGCCUGGACUCUGCAUACAAGCUGCUGAGCUCUGACGGACAGACGGAGCCGGCCUACACCACCUGGAAGAUCCGCCCCUCCGGAGAGAGCUGCAGCACGCUGGAUUACAUCUGGUAUACCCAGGAUGCCUUGGGUGUGGAGUGCCUGUUGGACAUUCCCACUGAAGAGCAGAUCGGUCCAGAUCGCCUCCCCUCAUACCACUACCCCUCUGACCAUUUAUCACUGCUCUGUGACAUCAGCUUCAGGGAAGAGCCCCAUAGGUUGAUGUAGGCUGUCAGUCACAGCAGCACUGGACCAAUAUGAGGACUGAGUGAGUGUGACAUCAUCCGCUGGUCUGCAUCUGCUCAUGUUGGAGCCAGCAGACAGUGGGUGAGGUCACGGUAGGGCGAGUUAAACCUGAUUGGAGCGCAAAUCAUAGGCGACCUGUCAAUCAAGAGGCAGACACAAACUCAGAUAGACAUGUGUCACUUUCUGUAAUUUUGCUAAUAUUUUAAAGAUAGUCAUGAUGGGAAACGUAGGAGUGAUGUUAGACGCUGUGACAUCACUCCUGCAGGAAUAAAUGAUGAUUGGGAUUUGAUGUCUUGAGUGGGGUGGAGGUGGGUGGGGUUUAGAGUCACACUGAAGCUAUAAAAUGCUAUUUGUAUUCAAGUGUGUUUGAGCUCUUUAACUUAACUUUUUGUUUAAGUGAACUUCAGCUGACGAGGCAGCUAACGGCUUCAUGUUGCUCCUCCAGCACAUGGCUGCUGAGAUUUGAAAUCAGCUGCAGUUAUUUAUUGUUUCCAAUACGCACAAGACUGUUGUAAUUCUAUUAAAUUAUUCUUUAUAUUUUAUCAGUGGGUUAUACUUUAAUAAACAGUUUUCAUUGAACUCUAUGGUUCUUCAGUUUGACGUUGGUAAUCAUGACAGUGUUAGUGCUGUGAUUACAUUGGAGGAGAAAUGUUAAUAUAUAUAUAUAUAAUAAAGUCAAUAUUUUUACUGUC